UUCAAGGAGGAAGAGGCACCAAAACCACAAGGAGUGGGUUUCUCAGUGAGCCUCUUCCACAUUCAGGAGGACCUAAAGACAAAACUGGUUGAAGUCUACCAAGGACCUGAGACACAUUAUGCACUCGUGAAAUUGGACAAUGCUUUUGUCUACAUGAGGGAUCUGGAAAGUCUUUGCCCCAGGCCUCUUCUGGAAGAUAUCUUUGAGGGCACAUAUCCUUGACUCACAGAUGAUGUGGUGAAUGCCAGAAUUGUCCAGUUGGCCAGGAAAAUGGACAAUACGCUUUGCAAACAUUCCAUUUCAUUGCCUGGUGGAGAAAUUGGAUAAAUGCAGAAUCCAUCAACACACGGCAUUUGAAUGCAUCCAGGAAAUAAACCAGAAUUCUUCUGUCCUAUUUCCUCGUGUGGUUGGACACUCGACUCCAGAGACAGGGAAUCAUUUCAUUCUUUGGGUUUUGAAUGGCCUCACAAAAGAAAUCAUGGUGUACGAUUCCAUGAGGCACCACAUGGUCAUUUCUCCACAGGACAUGGAUAUACUCAGUCGAGCAUUUGAGAAAAUAUGGAAACUCAAAGAAUGGACGGUGACCUUCCCAAACCAGUGGAGGCAGGAGGACAGUGUUAACUGUGGCGUGUUUGUCUGCACAGCAGCAGACCUAUACAUCAGGGGACUGCAAAUGAAGACUGAAGCCCUGAACCAGAUACAACUGGGCCAGCUCAGAGUGUAUCACGCAACCUCCCUGAUGGCUGAUGUGGUUCCAAAGGGACAAAAAGUGCGUGAAAAUUGCAUGGUGGAGGUCAUUCAUGGCUGCAUUUUCUAUGACUCCAGCGGAAAGGGACAGAAAAAGAGGUUGUAUCCACACACAAACAAAGAAAACUGGAUAAAUACUAUGAACUGCCUGCACAAAGAUGGAGUCCAAGGCCUGAUCUCAGAGGAGCGAAUCAAGACUCUGAAAGACCUGUUGGACAGUGGGAAGAGAAAGUCUCAGAGAAUGUUUUUGUGGGAGAAUCCUGGGCAGAACAUCGCACUAAAGCAAAUUCUGAAUGGCAGGCCAUUAGCUUUUAGCGAAAAACAUAUGGAAGAGCUAAUUGACAGAAUCAAAACCACGUUAAAGUUGAACUACAAUGAUCUGAGGAUUGUGGAUUACAUCAUUGAUGUCAUGGUUCCAGAGGUCACAAUCGACAUCCUCAUGACAUUUGAGGGGAUAACCAGGUACCAGGCAGAAAAAAUCCUCGGAACAGUGCUGGAUGCAUAA